ACUAUUAUUCUUAUCGGCUGCAAAAGUGCUGGUCGCCAUUAUCGAUUUGUGGCAAAAAAAUAGAGAAUUAAAAGAUCGCGUUACAAGCAAACGUUACGCACCGGCUAAAGAGUGCAUUAAACGCGACGUUAAUUCUAAUAGUGUGGAGCUGAUGAAACAAAUCAAUUGUUUGUGCACCACCAACUAGUCGGGUUUUCUUUUCGCAGCAAACACCAAUUGCCACAACAACUAAUCAAUAUCAAUACGUCGCCUGUGUGUCUGUGUUUGUGCUUGUGUGCGUAUCAGUGUUCGUGUGUGUGUGAGUGUGUUUUUUGGUCCAUUCUUUGGUGCACAUAAUCAAAUUAGUUUGGAAAUAUAAAGAGUGUGUGAUUAAAGAACAGUAAAAAUAAGAACAGCUUCAUCAUGACUAUGGCUGGGCAAACAAUCAACGACAGGCUGCUGGCUGCUCGUCACAGCCUUGCUGGCCAAGGACUGGCAAAGUCUGUGUGCAAGGCCACAACGGAGGAAUGCAUUGGGCCGAAGAAGAAGCAUUUGGAUUAUUUGGUGCAUUGCACAAACGAACCGAAUGUCUCGAUACCGCAUUUGGCCAAUUUACUUAUCGAGCGUUCACAGAACGCCAAUUGGGUGGUCGUCUAUAAAUCGCUGAUAACAACACAUCACUUGAUGGCAUAUGGCAAUGAGCGUUUCAUGCAAUAUCUCGCAUCGAGCAAUUCGACAUUCAAUCUCAGCUCCUUUCUGGAUAAAGGAACUGUUCAAGAUGGUGGCAUGGGCGUUCCAGGUGGCAGAAUGGGUUAUGAUAUGUCGCCUUUUAUACGACGCUAUGCCAAGUAUUUGAAUGAGAAGUCGCUCUCCUAUCGCGCCAUGGCUUUCGACUUCUGCAAAGUGAAGCGCGGGAAAGAGGAGGGAUCGUUGCGUAACAUGAACGCGGACAAACUCUUAAAGACGUUGCCAGUUUUGCAGGCACAAUUGGAUGGGUUACUGGAGUUUGAUUGUCAGUCCAAUGAUUUGACCAAUGGUGUCAUCAAUAUGAGUUUUAUGUUGCUGUUCCGUGAUUUGAUUCGUUUGUUUGCCUGCUAUAAUGAUGGUAUUAUCAAUUUACUGGAGAAAUACUUUGAUAUGAAUAAGAAGCAGGCUCGCGAUGCUUUGGACUUGUACAAGAAGUUCUUGGUUCGCAUGGAUCGCGUUGGCGAAUUCCUUAAAGUGGCCGAGAAUGUGGGCAUUGAUAAGGGAGAUAUUCCCGACUUGACAAAGGCACCCAGCUCUUUGCUGGAUGCCUUGGAGCAGCACUUGGCUACGUUGGAGGGACGCAAGGUGUCGGCUGCCAAUACGCCCACACAAUCGUCAAGCUAUCAACGCACGAAUGUAAAAUCCGCUGUUUCUGCGCUCUCUUCAACUAGCUCGGCAUUUGGCACUGCAGCUGCAUCGAGUAAAUUUGAUACCACCAAUGGCAUUGAUGAGCAGCUGAAAGCUCAGGUGCUGGCCGAAGAGGAGGCCGCCAUGAAUCAGUACAAAUCCAAGGUGUCGUCACCCACCAGUAGCGGUGCUGCUGGCGCUGCACUAACAAAUCCAUUCCUAUCGUCACCGCCAGCCGCCCAGGCUGGUCAGCCGAUAGUUGAUCUGUUUGGUGCUGCGUCGGCACAGCCCGCUGCUGCUGCAGCAUCGGCGCCACAGGCGUCGGCCACAAAGGCAUCCGAUGAUUUGCUGCAGUUGGGUAAUCCCUUCGCCGACAUGUUUGAGGCCAGUGGUGGCAAUAGCGGUGGCAAUGCUGCCGCUGCCGCAGGAGCAACAGGUGCUGCAUUAAAUGCCAAUAAUUUGUGGAUGCAUAAUAACGGUUUCAAUGGCGCUUCAGUUUCCUCCGCUGCUGCUACAAAUGCAUUCGUUUCCGAUAGUAAUUUCACGUCUGUUUUUGGUAAUACGGAACCAGCAGCGUCCACGUCGUCGUCGUCCUUACCAAAUCCCUUUUUCGAUGAUAUGCAACCCCAAGGUGUUGCCUUUGGUAAUUUUGUGGACCAACCGGAUCAUCAUCAACCGCAGGCAUCGAUGUUUUAUAUGCAACAACAUCAACAACAAUAUUAUCAAGAUAAUUCGGCGUUAUUAUCUGCUUCCACCAUGGCACAAUUUCCCACAGGCUUUGAUGCUUUGGGUGAUGUUCUCAAACCGGCCACAGCAAAUAGCAACAGCAAUCAAAUGAACGUUGUCGCCACAGGUGCCGUCUUCCAGGGAUACAAUAGCAGCAGUCCAGGGCUGACACUGCAACAGCAAAACUCACUACAACAUUCACAACAACCACAUCUGCAACAGCAACAACAGCAUCUACUGCAGCAGCAACCACAGCAGCCAGCUAGCACUGGGAAGAUAAUAACCGGCGAUCUGGAUAGUUCACUAAUGUCACUAGUUGAUAAUUUAAAUAUUAAUAAAACGGCAAGUGCAAAACCCGUGCAAUGGAAUUCACCUAAAAAUACAGCGAAACCAGGUGCUAAUUGGACACCACAACCAAUGGCGGCUACAACUGGUGCUGGCUAUCGUCCAAUGGCACAUGGCAUGACAGUAAGUCCUGCGCCAAUCACAAUCAAUCAUCCGUAUAUACAUGCUAGUUAUCCUGUAAUGCCAAAUUAUAUGCAGGGCAUGCCGGUGAUGGGGCAGCAGCAACCGAAUAUGAUGGCACAGGCAGCCCCUUUGACUGGGGGGCAACAGACGAUGAUGGGGGCGCCGCAAACUAAUGCGGCCACAUCAGCGACGGGCAUCAUGCAACCCACGCAAGCAACGCUGAAUGGAGGAAAUAAAAACGUUCCGCUGGAUCCAUUUGGAGCGUUAUAAGGCGCCAUCAGUACACUGCACUCACAAAGCAAACACACAUUAAGCGCUAUAACCUCAUAGGCAGGCAACAUUAUAACAUAAUAUACAAACACACACACACACACACACGUAAAUAUAUAUACAGAAAUAUAAAAUAAAAUAAUAUACAAUUAUUUGCAGAUAUUAAAAUUCAUGAAGAGAAAAUUAAGAAAUUAUUAAUGUUUACACUAUGCUACAUACGAAAUGAAAUGCAAUGAGAUGUCAAAAACAAAUUCUAUUAUAUGUUGAGCAUUAUGCAUACACAAAGAAUUGAAUGCGAAAUACAUAAAUAUAUACAUAUAUAUAUAUAUUUAUAAUAUUAUUAUUAUUAUAUAACGAGAACAAAAAAAAACAAAUGAGUUUGACUAUUGAUAUGUAUACAAAAUAUUUAUAUAUAUAAUUAUGCAAAAGAUAACAACAUCGCGAAAAAAUCAAUUUUCAGAGAAAAGCUAAUGUGAAACAAAAGCAGAAAAAGAAUACUAUAACUUGUGUGAAAAAUGCGUACAUAUACUCUCAUAUGUAUGUACAUCUAUAUAGUAAAUUUAAGAAAAAACCUGUAGUUGUGUCCCACGCCAAUCACUAAACAUAAACACCUAAAGCUAUACCCGUUAAAUAGACUCUGUUAAAUCUGAUAUAAAUGUACCCCGUCGAAUAUAUUGUCACAGCAUGAAUAUAGACGCCAUACACCUAUAAACUAUGAUUAACGAUUAAUGAACAAGAAACUCUAUAUAUGUUUAUUAUGCUUAAGUGAGAGCCACUUUGCAAUAUUUUGAUCCGUCUAUAAAAAAAUGAUGCUCGUUUCCUAGUUAUUGUUAUAUCUGUUGCCGAAUCUUUUAUUUUAAUAUUUAUUUCGGGCUUAAGAGCGGCAUUAUCGUAUAAUUGUGUUUAUUGUUGCAAUUCAUUGUUGAUUUAAACAAAAAUGAGAUGAUCGUAUUUGUAAAGCAUUCCAAACUAGUUUCAAUUUGGUCCCAAAUUUAAUUUGUGUAAUUAAUUUUGUAAAAUUUUAAGUAAAUCUGAAAAAAGAGAUGCAUUCGUGCUGUAACUAUUAUUGUACAUUUGAAAAGCAACUUUAUAUUUAUGUAUGUAUGAGUAUGAUUAUAUGUAUAUUUUAAGGCGUACAUUUUAUUAGCCAUUCAUUUAAUUGCUUGCGGCGUUUAUUUAGUACAGAUUAUCAAAUCAAUCUAUAUAUUUAUAUAUACAAAUAGUUCAUUUAUAAAUUGUGUAAAUAACAUAAGGGGCGGCAAUAUGCUGAACUAUGUUUAAAUAAAAGUCGCAUAUUAUACACGAUAUGCCUAUCAAUCAUUAUUUUUAUUGCAGGAGUCUGGAUGGAUUACUACACUUAUUUGCCUUUGAUUUUCAUUAUUUUUUGACAUUGAGUUAAAUCAUUUUACAAAGAAAUGUACCUACAAAAUUUCCCUUGAUCCGGUUUUUAUUUGGAUAACACCAAAAAAUAUGCAGCACUUUAAUAACUAAAACAAUAUAAAACGGAGUGCCGUAGAGUAGGCAAUACACACGUAAUGCAAUAAUAGUGGCAACAAUCAUGUAUGGAAUUUUCAUAAAACGUAUAGCUAAAAGAAUCCCAACAAAUCAAUGUAAAUUUAGCAAAAUUAUACAAUUCUAAAAUGAUGAUAACUAUUAAAAUGUUUUAUGACAAUAUUUCUACGCUGCUGUUUGAGCUAACCUUACUUUACUAUGUAUCUAGUUCUAACGACGACAACAGCAAGUACUAUAUAUUACUCCCAUUGACCCUAACAAGUCACAAUUGAAGCGACCACUUGUUGAUGUUUUAUGAAACAAAAGAAAAUUAAAAUAGCUUGCAAAUCAUAAAAUAAAAUUAAUAUUAAAUAUUUACAAAAAAUCACACAGUCAUAAAUACCAGCGAAAGAGGAAUCGGCACACUCAAUUCGAUUUCGCUAAUAUACCUUGGUUCUCGGAGAGUAAAGCGCAAUCCCUACAGUUAUUUUUCUCAUGGAUUUCUUCUCAGAAAAGAAAGUGCAAUCUACACACAUACAUAUGUACUCCUAACUUGUAGAUAAGAUAACGGAGGUCAUAACUACUUUUAAUUAAAUUGUUAAUGCUUUAAUACAAAUUUAAAAAAAAAAACCGGCAAAAUUGAAAAAAGUAUGUUACAACAAUAGCUUUCACGUCAAUCU